AUGACGUAAUUAAACCGCGACAAUUGUUGAUUUCAGAACUCCGAUAGUCCUCCGACGCGACGCUCUUUGGUACGUUUGGCUGAACAGUAAUCGCGCCGAACUACAAUUUGAUUUGGAUUUGGAAGUUUCCGUGAGGUGGAAGCUUGUGCACGAUGUUCCUCGUGAUCCUGGUCGGCUACUUGACGCUGGCCUCUGGUCAGCAGCAGGAUGAAGACUGGAUUGACCCGUAUGAUUUGCUCAACUACGACUCUAGCACUAAAACCAUGAGGAAGCCCACUGAGAAGCCGGCAAGGGAUUUAAACGUCCCAACCUCUCGAAGAGGGCACAUCGACUGUAACCAAGCUGAGCUGAUCGCCUGCAAAGAACGGCUGUCUGAUUUACUAACUCAGGUUGAAACCCAAAAGAAGAGUAUGAAGCAUAUCCCACAGCAGGUCACAUGCAAUCCUGUUUUUAAAAGAUUCCUGAGCAGACUCCUGAAGGACACGCAAAGAAUUGGAGUGCCCAAAGACCCUGCAUACUAUGAUGCCACCAUCCGACUGUCCAGACAAGCCGUGGCAGAGAUUCAGACCUUUCUCGAUGGUGAAGAAGGCUGUAGAACAGGCGCUCUGGACAAUGCCGUCAGUCAGAUACUGGUGGACCUUCGACCACAUGACUACGAGGCCUGGAGAUGGCGCUUUGAAGACACCUUUGGCGUAGAGCUGGACACACUUUUCAAGUUGGCUCUGUGUACUUUGGUCUUCGUGGUCAUUAUCUGCACUGAGCUGUGGUGUGCCAUCUCCUGGCUAGUGCAGUUUAAACGGCUGUUUACCAUCUGCUUCUUCGUCAGUAUUGUUUGGAACUGGUUGUAUCUGUAUCAGACUGCUUUUGCUGAACACCAAAACAACAUUGUGAAGAUGAACAGCAUCAAUGACAAAUGCAUUGGAGUGAAGACGAUUGACUGGCGCGAUAGUUUGAAAGAGUGGUUCAGGAGCACAUGGACUCUGCAGGAUGAUCCUUGCAAGAGAUACUAUGAAGUCCUCAUGGUCAACCCUAUUCUGCUGGUACCUCCCACCAAGGCAAUCUCCGUUACAAUCACGACCCUCAUCACAGAGCCACUGAAGCAUGUCGGCCUGGGGAUCAGCGAGUUUCUCAGAGCGCUCCUCAAAGACCUCCCGAUCACUCUCCAGAUCCCCGUACUCCUCACGAUUGUGCUUGCCAUUGUGGUAUUCAUGUAUGGAAGUGUGCAGGCAGUUUUCCAGUAUGGCAUCACUGCACCUCUACGCCGCCAUAGAAGGGAUCCGACACUUCCACCACCGGACCAGCCUCGUCUCCAAGAAAUUGAGGACCGUGGCCACAUGGAACGAGGGGACAUGCCGGAGUCUCGUCCACGGCGCAGUUUAGAGGAUGCCCGAUCGCACGGGGAUCAGUUGUGCCGCUCGCGGCCCAACAAAGCCGGAGAUGAGCCAGCUCGGAUGUUUGUGGAGACCUUGCGCACCGCAGCUUCUUCCCACACGGAGCACGAGUUAGACGGGAAACGACCCCUGAGGCGCGUCGAGGUUGGGCAGGGGGACGAGACUGACCUUCAGUCAGACUCUGACAGCCAUGCAGAGGCAGAGGCGGACCAAAGAGGCGGCAUUGAUGUUAUAUCCCAGCUUGAUGCCAAAACUAAAACAAAAGCCAGUGACUGCGACUCCUCUCUGUCAGAACACCCUAAAGACGGCAACAGCAGAGAGAAGACGACAUCUGGACUCCCACAGCCGCAGCCUAAAAAGAAUGUGCAGGACCUGAAGGCCUCAGCUGGAAACUCGAUGCCCUCUGCCUCUCUGAAAAACGUGGAAACAGUCGGCAGCCCCAUUCAGGAAACGUUACAAUGAAACGGCGCACAGAGCUUGUGGCUUCACCGAUGACGUCACAGUGCCAAAAAUAUGUCAUCUCGACAGAGUUGAGGGCUGAGCAUCUCUAGCCCAUAACAGAUCUUCACUGUUGGACGAAUUAGUCUCUAAGUAGAGACGUCAAUAAUACAGUAUGAACUGUAUGAAUAUGAUCAUUGACAGCAGCCGACCAACACUUACGUACAUUAAGCACCUUCAGUGAUUGCUGAUGUAGGACGUGUUAGUGACGGCAAUUUUCAAGCGAAAUUAAGGUUGUCGAGGAAUGCUGCUACGUGUUUAUUUUUUUUUACUUGAAUAUUUUUUUUCCAAGAUUUUAGAAUCAUUGUAUUUUGAGAGCGUUCAAGGCGGACGAUCAAGCAUAUUUUAUUCUUUUCUUGUAUACAUAUCUGGGUUCAAACAUGCAGAGUCUACAAGUACUGUUCUGAGAAAAAAAACCUGCAAGAAACACUUGAUGCCACGUGAAGGGUAAUUUAAAGUUAAUCUCUAUUGUCACCAUGUAACUCUGUCACAAGGGAAGGUCUCAUAAGACCUACAGUUAAUUUAACCAGAUACUUGAAAUCACAGGUGAUCAGGCACUGUAAUAGUAAGAGGACAAACCAAAAAAAUUAGGAUUGGAAUUCGUGCUCGGACCUACCUGAGGGAACACACUGCAACAUACAGUGCCACGCAAAUAUAUUUCCACCCUUUCAGAUUUUUGAUUUACAUGUUCAUCACACUUCAAGUGUUUAAGCAAUUGCCUCCAAAUCCUAAUUACUGGUUGCACUUGUGCCACCUUUGGCAGUAAUAACUGACCUCAAGCAUUUGCAUUGAUGACAGAAGAAAUCGCAAUGGCAUUCAAAUUUGGUCUUUGAGGUGGUAACUGUCAAACCUUAUUUUUAAGCAAUUCAGAGGUGGACUUUGGGCGUUAUUCUGUUCUUUGUCUCAGAUGUAAUUGCCCACCCGUAUUUCUUUUGAGUUCAACUUUUCUUGUCAGUCCAAAUCAGUGAUGGAUAGUGCCUCUGCUACCUGGAGCUUCACCGAGGACUUACUCAAUGACUUAGUUCACCUCCUAAGACAAUAUUACUCAAUGAUUGUGGCUAAUACUGUUUUACUGUUUGUUUUAAUUUUUUUUAACUAUUGGGCAUUAAAUUGUUUUGAGACGUGUG